AUGGGAGGGAAAAAUCCUGGGCCCCAAAUCCAAAAUUUUCAACGUGAAAUUACAGAGAAAUGUGGUGACGGUACAAUACGUUUCACGGCUAAGGGAACUCUACCAUUUCUAGAAUCAACAUUGAUGGAAAUACAGCGAAUGUCUAAUACUGCGGAAGCGACCCUGCCACAUGCGGCGGACAAAGAAACAAGCCUACGAGGAUAUAGAAUUCCAGAAGGUUCCAUAGUACUGGCUAAUAUAUUGUCAUCAAACAAGGACAGUAAACACUGGGAGAAACCUGAUUUGUUUAUACCAGACAGAUUUUUGCAGGACAAAGCAUUGAAGAACCCCGCCUUUAUACCGCUAGGAUUGGGACGACGUAGAUGUACUGGUGAAAGUUUGGCUAGAAAGCAAAUUUUUCUAAUUUUCACCAACUUUCUGCAAAGAUUCACUUUCCAAAGAGAAGACGAGAACGUACAACAUACGUUUGGGUGUAUAGAAGAUCAGAUAACAGCCACACCACUGCCGUAUAAUACAAGAGUAGUUCAAAGACAGUGACCCUAUAUAUACUUUCAUAUUCUUGUUUGCUUGUCACUUGGGACCUACCACCAUAUAUGAUUGCCAUUAAAGCAGCAUGCCUCCAGAUUCGUGCUAAUUUUCAUGAAAAUUUUGAAAAUGUAUUUAAAAGUAAAAUAAUGUGUGAAGUGAACAAAGAAAGUAAUUUACACACUGCAAAUCAUGUACAAUCAAUGUAAAUUACUAAAAAAUGGUCGAAAUAUGCGAAAACAGCCCUCACUACGUUAGUCACGCAGUAGAAAUAUGGUGAUAAAAAUUCAAAGUUAGUCACUUAUAUUAAAAGCUAUAGCAUGUUGAAAUGUGAAAAAGUAGGAAAAUGCCUCUGUCGUGCUUAACAGUAUACCAUCAACCCCACCGACUGUUAUUCUCAUUAAUAUGCACAAAUAUACUGUUACAAAAUAUAAUGUAGUACAAAUAACACACCUUAUUUUUAAAUGGGAUCUUUUUGUUUAAUAUCACAUUCAUUCUUAGACAAACACAAGUAAAUUCCUUACAGUAUCUAUACUAAUAUCUAUUUAUAUGUAAUUAUAAUAAAGGCAACCAAUAAGUUAACAAUUAUUUACAUGUAUGUGUAAUACCUAUUAUCACUUAAUGACAUAAUUAUAAGAAACCAAUGUACAACUCAAUCGGAACACCCAUAACAGCCUCGGAUUAAAUACAUCUACAACGUGCUUUUUUAUCUCAAUGAUUAUGUUUGAAACCGGUAUUGAAUUUUCAUGAACUAUGUUUGAUUUCUUUAAGAAAUGAUUGUGCUUGAUUUGCUUUGUGUUUCUCAAAUAUUUUGGAAAAUGUUGACAAAAUAGAUAUUGGCUUGUAGACAUUUUGGAUUUUCUUUAUCGACACCUUUGGAUAUGGGAAGAACGUUAGGCCCUUUAAGAGAGCCAGGGACUAUAGUACAUUCAUUAUCUAUACAGUUGUUAUUCAUAAAAUUCCUAAAAUUUCAUAACAGCUAUGUAUGUUCAUUUGGACUAAUGCCUUCCAAAUUUGCACUAUAAUUUAUCAAUAAUUCUUAACUUCAAACGGUGUAAUUGGUUCACUAACAAAAAAUUAUUGACAUUUAGUUUAUUGCCAAUAGAUUCCUUGAGGUUUAGGAAAUAAAUUUGAUUCCAUAAAGUUUAGCGUUGUUUUAUUAAUUAUGUAAUGUAUGUGACUGACGAUAUAAUCAUUA